CCCUCUUUCCUCUCACCUCCCCCCUACCGAGCCCCCGGAAAUAGAAUGCCCUUCCCACCAACCCCGACAGGGGAAUCCAGCAGCCACACCGGCACCUGUCACUGCGGCGCCGUGCAAUUCCACUUCACCAUAUCCCCGCCGCUGCCCGAGUACCCCGUCAACAACUGCAACUGCUCCAUCUGCUCGAAGAACGGGUACCUGCUCGUGUACCCGCUCACCAAGGACUUCGUGAUCGAUCAGGGCGAGGAAAAGCUGCGGGAUUACCAGUUCGGCGAGCGCAAGGUCACGCACCAGUUCUGCGGUGAGUGCGGCAGUAGUUGCUUUCUCCGGCUCCCUGCUGCCGCGCAGGGAAUGGGGUUUCCACCUAUCUCGCCUGUUAAUGUGCGGCUGUUGCGUGAUGUUGAUAUUGACGGUCUCAAGCUUAAUAAGGUUGAUGGGAGGGCGUUCCCGCCCGAGUAUAAGGCUUAGUUAGGUUUCCGGCCCGGGUAGGGGGGGGGGCCUUCGGAGCUCCGAGCGAGUUCCACUGAUUGCGGACUCUCGGCGGUAUCUAUGGAAUGGUAGGGUGGUCUUCGGAGCUCCGAGCGACGAGCGAGUCCCACCGGUUGCGGAAUCGGCGUCAUGUGUGGAAUUACUAUACUAGCCUGCUUUAUGGCGCCUAGAAACUCUAAACAUCCGGAACUUGAAUCCAAUUCGUAGAUAUUGCAAC